CGGACCAUGAACAGAGUCUCUUCGCAUAUGGCGGGAGCUGAAGAUGGCCGCAUGCCUUCAUGGCCGGCAGUGGACGCUGAAAGUGAACAGCUAGAUAUCCGAUUUUUACCAGCGGCGGCAAACAACCCUGGAUAUUCGCUGCAGACAACUAUUCACCAGAAUCCGACAUUGAUGCAGUCUAACUUGUUGGCACCACCAACAUUGCCUUUGCAAGCGAACGAGACAUCACCCCUAAUCCUAACAGCUCUCAUGGCCAAUCACCACCCUUUGGAUACUGUAAAGGCGGUUUUGAAGGUCAACGGCCGUUUGACCGAAAUGGCUGCAAAGUGGAGUGAAGAAGAGUGGGCCAAUCAUCGUCGAAUUGUCCAGUUCAAAAGAUCCCGACAGGAUGGAGUCUUGAGUGUGGAAUUCAAAUCCAUUGCGGUACAUGAGAGACUAGCUAAUAGCAUCUGCAUCUCAUGCAUCCGGUGGGCUGAUAAAUCUGAUUGCUAUUUUACGUCGGUCGAUAUUAUGCAUCUACUUGAGCAGCUUAUUGCAGCACCUAACCGCUUUGCUGUUGAGGAGAAGAACCGCAUCCGCAGUUAUUUAGAGGGCUUUCACCCUGUAACGAUCUCGAAGACAAGGCCAAAUGACUCAGAAUUUUUCAAAAUGGUUAUGGCCUUUGGUCAUCCUAUACCCAGAAACAUGAAAAAGAAUUUUAAGGUGUUCCCCUGGCCUGUUCUCGAGCCCAUGCUCAAAAAGAUCAUCAGCAAGUAUAGCGUCAUGCCGCCCGAGUCAUCUGAUCACAACACGGGUUUGGCAUUGCCGUUAUUAACUUUGGCAUACAAUAAUGCUUUGAGAGUUUCAAGAUACGCUGGAAAACUCCCUCCGCGUAAAGGAGGAGGUAAUUCCGAAGGCAACCAAGCUACUUCCUCCAAGUUGCCAAGGAUUAGCCAUGAUACUUUAUUUUAUAUUGUGAAGGAUUUGAAUGCGGAUGAAGCUGUUCGAGAGAGACUUUUAGGGGUUUUUCCGGACUUGCUUGGGGCUUUUGCGCUCAAAAUUGGCUACAAUAUGCCGGCUCGUGCGGACUGCGACGCCGCGUAUUUUAUCCAGAAGUAUCGUCAGGAAGUUAAUAAGUUGCAAGACUAA